CCCCUCCCCACAUCCACCCUCGCGCCCCCGAGCUCAGAUGAUCUCCCCCGCCGUUUUCGAGAAUUGGAUCUCCGCCAUGUCCGCCGCCGCCUCCCACCUCCUCCUCCUCCACCUCUCCAUCCUUCUCCUGACACUACUCACCCCACCCGCCGCCGUCGCCGAGAACGACACCACCGAACCCUGCCCGCUCGACUUCUCCGUCCUCCGCAACCUCGUCCAGAACGCCAAAAUCCCCAUCGUCGACCGCACCCAGGCCUGCCCGUACCUCCGUCAGGGCCUUCGCCUCGUCCAGUCCGACUACCUCAGCCGGACCAACGAUUUCCUCCCGCCGAAUCCUGCUGAACGUGGCACAUAGAGAGAGUCAACAAGUGCAGUUAAUGUGCUAGCUAGCAGAGAGAGAUCAGCUGGAUCGACAGAUGGUGGACUCGACUCAUUUUCAAAAGAGAGAGCACGAAAUGAAGCUUUAUAGCCGAUGCCCGAGAGUUGAGUUGAGUUGACAGAUGUGGAAUGCAGGUCGUAAUGGUGACAAAAUUGAUGGUCAGUGCUCACUGCUGUUUCCAAUAUCCCACCAUGGAUUGUUUGUUACUCUGUCGAUUGGAUGGGAAUGGAGGAAUGGAGAAUCGAAGGAGGAAUUUCAAUUGAGAAUUAUUGUAUACCUGCCUAUGUUUAGACUUGGUAUGUGAUAUGUUUAUGAAGAAAGACAGUACACAAUAAAUACA